UGCAGAUGGCGGGGUAAGGGACUGGCUACCAACCGCCUAGUGCUUGCCCCGCCGUAAAGGGCCCUGGAGGACUCAUAUUUUCAAGCCCAUUGACUCAUUGCAGCCCCUCGAAGUCAGCCACCACUAAAAAGCCCAAGUACCUCUCUGUUCUUGUCAUCAAGACAGCCUCUCAAACUCGGGUUGUCUUUGCAAGCAGUCCACGAUGCCCAAAGUUCACCUCCUCGACUACGUCGCGGGCAACGUCCGCAGUCUUGUCAAUGCCAUCGAGAAGGUCGGCUACGAGGUCGAAUGGGUCCGGUCACCGGAGGACGUCGCUAAGGCCGAGAAACUCAUUCUCCCGGGAGUAGGCCACUUCGGCCACUGCCUCUCUCAGCUCUCCUCGGCCGGCUACCUCCCCGCUCUCCGCGCCCAUAUCGACGCCGGGAAACCGUUCAUGGGCAUCUGUGUCGGCCUGCAAGCGCUCUUCUCUACCUCCGCCGAAGACCCCAACUGCAGCGGCCUCGGCUUCCUGCCCGGUGCGCUCGACAGGUUCGACGACUCGACCAAGGCGGUCCCGCACAUCGGGUGGAAUAAUGCCUCGUGCCCGGCGAAUCCGACGCUGUACGGCCUGCGCCCGGACUCCAAGUACUACUAUGUCCACUCGUACAAGUAUCCGUACAAGAAGGGAGAAUUAGAGGCGCUUGGAUGUGCGGUUGCCACGGGCACGUACGGGGGCGAGACGUUCGUCGGCGCCGUGGCCAAGGGGAACGUGUUUGCGACGCAGUUUCACCCCGAGAAGAGCGGCGUUGCCGGCUUGAGGGUCCUCCGCGCAUUCUUGGACGGCUCGGGGGCGAAGGCCCUCUCCGAAAACCCGCCGAAGGGAGUCGACGGCGGCGUGGACGACGUGAUCGCGCGGGAAGGGUUGACGAGGCGUGUGAUUGCCUGUCUCGAUGUGAGGACAAACGAUCAGGGUGAUCUGGUGGUGACCAAGGGCGACCAAUACGACGUGCGGGAGAAGUCUCAGGACCGAUCCGUGAGGAAUUUGGGGAAGCCGGUCGAGAUGGCAAAGAAGUACUACGAGCAAGGUGCCGACGAGGUUACCUUCCUCAACAUCACAUCGUUCCGCGACUGCCCGGUUGCCGACCUGCCAAUGUUGGAGAUUCUCCGAAGGACGUCAGAGACGGUGUUUGUUCCCUUGACGAUAGGCGGUGGCAUCAGGGAUACGGUGGAUGUUGAUGGGACCAAGGUCUCCGCUCUGGAGAUCGCGGCCAUGUACUUCAAGAGCGGAGCCGACAAGGUGUCGAUUGGGAGCGAUGCGGUGAUUGCCGCGGAGGAGUACUACCGGGGCGGCAAGGCAUUGUACGGCAACACGGCCAUCGAGCAGAUCAGCAAGGCCUACGGCAACCAGGCGGUCGUCGUGAGCGUGGAUCCAAAGAGGGUAUACGUUCCCAAGCAGGACGCCACGCGUCAUGCAACCAUUAAGACGAAAUUCCCGGGUCCGAAGGGAGAAGAGUAUUGCUGGUACGCGUGUACCAUCAAGGGCGGGCGGGAGACGAGGGAUAUUGACGUGGUGGAACUCACGCAGGCCGUGGAGGCCAUGGGUGCGGGCGAAAUCUUGCUCAAUUGUAUCGACAAGGACGGGACAAACAGCGGUUUUGAUCUCGAGUUAAUCACACAGGUCAAGGAGGCUAUCAAGAUACCGGUCAUUGCCAGCAGUGGAGCCGGCAAUCCUGGGCACUUCCUCGAGGUCUUCCAGGAAACAACCACAGAUGCCGCCCUGGGGGCCGGCAUGUUCCACCGGGGGGAAUACACGGUACAGCAGGUGAAAGAUUACCUUGGAGAGAGGGGCUUGGUGGUCAGAAAAUUCGAGGGCGACUUGUGACGUUGCCUGAAAGGAGACUUGGGUACCUGCUAUAGACGACUACCAUGCUUUUGUGACUUUGUGUUCAGACUAAGUAAUCGAUGCCCGACCCAAAAAUCAAAAUGCAUGCUUCCGACCAGAAAGUGCGCAUUUUUUCGAUAAACUCAAGAGAAGUGAACAUGCGGAAGGGAAAAAAAACUCGCGAAAGCAACUCAGGGUGGAGACGAGAAACAAGAGAGAAGCUGCCAAUAGCGGCAGAUGGAAUUCUCAAAAGACGCCAGCCAAGA